UUUGAAUUCCAGGAUCAUAAAUUCGCUCCAAAACUACUUGCUUGUUCCACUUUAAUCCAUAAAAAGGGCGUUUAUACCAGAUCUUUAACCAGUUAGUGACUAGAUUGUUAUAUUGUAAGCGUUUAGUUAUCCCUUUAUAUUCGUUGAUUUUAUUAUAAUUGCAUAAAACACCAUGUCGCUUUGUAAAAUACGUUUACAGGAAGAAAGAAAACAAUGGAGAAAAGAUCAUCCAUUUGGGUUUUUCGCUAGACCAAGAAAGUCAGAAGACGGAUCAUUAGAUUUAAAUUUUUGGACCGCUGGUAUUCCUGGUAAACCAAAUACUCUUUGGUCCGAUGCAGUUUAUCCAAUUACUAUUCAAUUCCCAGAAGAAUAUCCAUCCAAGCCUCCAAAAGUUCAAUUUCCAGCGGGGUUUUAUCAUCCAAAUAUUUAUCCCAGUGGUACUGUUUGUUUAUCGAUUUUGAAUGAAGAACAAGAUUGGAGGCCGGCAAUUACUUUAAAGCAAAUUGUUUUGGGGAUUCAAGAAUUGUUGAAUAAUCCUAAUCCUGACUCGCCUGCUCAAGAAGCUUCGUGGAAAGCUUUCAGCAAAGAUAAAGCAUUAUAUGAAAAGAAGGUCAAGGAACAAGCAAAAAGAUAUGCUAAUGCAUCAUAAUUUUUCUAUUAAUAUUUGCUUUAGAUUUGUCUCCCGUCAUUUUGUUAUUUUGUUUUAUUAAUAUUUUGUUUUAUUAAUAUUUUCUUUAGUUCUAAGUCAUUUUACUUCGAGUAUUUUUAGAAUCGGGUAGUUCUUCAAUUUAUGUAUAUAUAUAUAAUUUUUUUUU